GUUGAAAAAAGCAAAGGGGCUCUCAAGUCUCAUCUCACACAAAGUCCACAGAACCCUCCUCAAAAUCUUACUGUUGGUCUCUGUUUCUCAGCUCCCUGCUGCCGCCUCUCGCUUGCCGUCACCAGGCGAACGUCCACUGCCUGUGCCCUGCUAACGCCACAGCACCACCAGUAACUGCUGCCUCCCUCCUGCGUCCUUCAGGUUUUGUUAAUUGGGAUUUCGCCACUGUUACCGAUGUCGAUUGUUGUCGGAAAGCCUGCCACGGAAGAAGCUAACAGCAAAGCGGACGAUGAAGAAGUAUCAGAAGGCGAAGUUGAUGAAGAAGAGGAUUCAUGGUCAUCUGAUUCUGAAAUCGGAGAAGCCUUGGAUUAUCUGGACGCCAAAGAUGAUUCAGGAGCAGUUGAUGGAGCUCUAGUACUCAAUGCAAGACGUCCAAAUGCUCAUGGUGGAAUCCACUCGCGGCCUAACGCGUCUCCUCUUCAACCACUCUCUAAUCGGAACCAGAAGUUUACUAAUCAUAUCAGAGCUUCGCCAUUAGAGGAGUGGGAAGGAAGAUGGGAUUCUGGUAUGUCAAACUCUGUCACCACUGCCAUCCGUGAAAGUGUGAGAGGGAUGGCCAUUGGUAAAACUAAAACUACUGAAAAAGCUGAUCGAGCAACCGUUGAACAGGCAAUUGAUCCUAGAACUCGUAUGGUUUUAUUCAAAAUGUUGAAUCGAGGUAUUUUCCAUGAUAUCAAUGGCUGCAUUUCAACUGGGAAAGAGGCAAAUGUUUAUCAUGCUACAAGAUCUGAUGGCCAGGAACUUGCAAUCAAAGUUUACAAAACUUCUGUUCUUGUUUUCAAGGAUAGAGAUCGAUAUGUACAAGGUGAUUAUCGAUUCAGAUAUGGAUAUUGCAAGCACAACCCAAGAAAAAUGGUUAAGACAUGGGCUGAAAAGGAGAUGAGGAACCUUAUGAGACUGAAGGCAGCUGGUAUUCGUUGCCCCACCCCAAUUCUUUUGAGGCUCCAUGUCCUGGUUAUGGAGUUCAUAGGCAAUACUGGAUGGGCAGCACCCCGGCUUAAAGAUGCUGCACUGUCUCUUGAUAAGCUACGGGAAGGUUAUUUUGAGAUGAUAACUUCAAUGCGGGUAUUAUAUCAAAAGUGCAAGCUAGUACAUGGAGAUCUUAGUGAGUAUAACAUACUUUACCACGAGGGUCACAUGUACAUCAUUGAUGUAUCUCAAUCAGUUGAUCUUGAUCAUCCUCAUGCACUUGAUUUUCUGAGAGAGGAUUGUGUUCACGUAUCUGAUUUUUUCAAGAAAGGUGGAGUAGCUGUUAUGACUAUUCGUGAAUUGUUUGAUUUUAUUGUUGAUCCUUCGAUUAAUGAAGAUUCUGUGGAUAGUUACUUGGAGGAGGCUCAACAAAAAGUUUUAGCUAGAGGGGAUGAGAUAUCUGCAGAGGAAGAAAUUGCAGAUGCUGUUUUCGUCCAGUCAUACAUCCCAAAGACUUUGGAUAAUGUGACAAAUGCCGAGGAAGAUGUGAUACGAUUAACGAGUGGGCAAGACACUGGGGAUAUGUAUUAUAAGACCAUUACAGGGCUCAAUCAUGCACGAUCUAUUGAACAACAACAGCAUAAUGAAGCAAAUCUUGGACAAAAUGCCCCUGCUGGUGGUGGUAAAACAGAAGGUUUAGACUUGCAAGAUGAUGAUGAAUCAGAGGGUGAAACAGAUGAUGAUGAUGAUUCCUCUGAGGAUGGAUCUUUUUCUGAUGAUGAAAAAAUGACAGCUGAGGAUAAAAAGGCAGCUAGGAAAGAGAAUAAGAAGAAAGUGAAAGAAGAGAAGAGAGAAGCUCGAAAGAGUAAAGUGCCGAAAGCUGUAAAGAAGAAAAAGAAGAAGUUGGCCAAAGCAAAGAAAUAUCGGUAGAGUUGACUUUAUAUAUUUAACAAUUUUGAUUCUGGUAUAUUGUAGAAAAUUGAUGACAUUUUUGUAUUGUGACUAGAGC